CCCACGUUCAGCAUUCACUCCUCACCACGAUCAACCACCAGUAAACAACUACCAUAUUUUCCACUCUCAUCCACCAUGUCUCUCAAGCCUGGAGAUUCCUUCCCCAACGAUGUCGUCUUCCAGUACAUACCCUGGACCGAAGAAAAGGGCGACAUCACCGCCUGCGGUAUCCCCAUCCCUUACAACGCCUCUAAAGAAUGGGCCGAUAAGAAGGUGGUCCUGUUCUCUGUUCCCGGCGCUUUCACCCCUACCUGCUCGGUCAACCACGUCCCCGGAUACAUCAAAAAUCUUCCCCAGAUCAAGGAGAAGGGUGUCCAGAUCGUGGCAGUCGUCGCAUCCAAUGACCCAUAUGUCAUGAGCGCCUGGGGAAAGGCCAAUCAGGUAAAUGGCGACGAUAUUCUGUUCCUCUCCGACCCCGACGCGAAGUUCUCCGGGAGCAUCGGCUGGGCAAACGGGGCUCGCACCGGUCGCUAUGCCAUUAUCAUCGAUCAUGGUAAGGUGACUUAUGCGCAGAUCGAGACUAAGAAGGGCGCUGUUGAGGUAUCCGGUGCUGAGGCUGUCCUGGCUCAUCUGUAAUUAUCUGGGACGUGAACUCCUAGUAUGCUGGAUGGGAAGGAGAGGGAUUUUGCCUUGCUGGCUAUGGCUGGCGAUGCUUUGAUUUCUCCUCAUCUUGCUUGUAAUGGGGUGUACCUAGGACUACUGGAUAGUAACCGGGUAUCAAAAAUGUUGUAUCAAGUGGUUGAUCUAGAACCAAUGGGAAAUGAUUAACCCUCGUCGGCUGCAUUGCGAAAGUUCCUUUUAUCAAAGCUAGCUGUGUCUCGUCCAGAAGGAGUCGGUGCAACGAGUAGGUCAUGUUACGAGAGGCAAUUACAUUUGAAUUGUCGCCCUGGCAUACCAUGGAUAAUAAGAUUAGUCGCUUAACAUCAAGCUGGCCGAUAACUAAUUCACUUCUGAAGUAAAACGGCAGCAGAAUCAAUGAUAAUCGUGGUCGCCUUGCUGG